AUGCCAUUUCAGAGGAAAGCAUACCCUACGCCUCUUACCAUUCCGCCAUUGACUCACCAUACUCACACCCUGAUCUUGCUUCACGGGCGAGGUAGCAAUGCUGAACGAUUUGGACUAGAACUUUUACAGUCUACAAGCCUACCCGCUCAACUUCCUUCCGUGAGGUUUAUUUUCCCUACGGCAAGCAAAAGGAAGGCUACCGUUUUGAAAAAAAUGCCGAUCAAUCAAUGGUUUGACAACUACUCGCUUGAAGAUCCCAAUGAGAGACCAGACCUGCAAGUGACUGGUCUAUGCGAGACAGCGGCAUUUCUAAGAGCCCUAAUUGAGAAAGAAGCGGAGAUCCUAGGCCCUAGAGGAUACAACAGAAUUAUCUUGGGGGGCCUAAGCCAGGGCUGUGCAGCUUCAGUAAUCACCCUUAUAGGUGGCGGGUUUGGCCCGGAAGGCAACGAAGAACUGGGAGGAUUCAUUGGUAUGAGUGGAUGGCUUCCUUUCGAGAAACAACUACGAGACCUAACGCAGCCCGCUGGUGAUGAUGAGGAUGACGCCAGCCCCUUUGGGCAGGACACUUGCGACGAGGGUGAAGAAGGCCACCAAGCAUUUCAUGCCCUUAACCACAUACGUGACAUACUCGAUCUCCCAGAGCUAGCGCCAGAAGAGCUAAGCCCUGGCCAACCUCCUGGUUAUCUUGCAAUUCCUGCGUUUAUCGGCCACGGGUUCCUAGAUCCGAAAGUAUCGGUUCGUCUUGGUGAGGGGUUGGCAACUUUCAUGUCCAAGGCAUUGCAGAUGGAUGUAACAUGGAAGCCAUAUGAAGAGCUUGGGCACUGGUACAGUGUGCCUGACGAAAUCGAUGAUAUUGUUCAAUUCCUAAGUAAGAAUGUUGGAGUGCCAGUCAACAAAGACCUGCCCAAAGCAUGA